AAGCAAAUCAUUAUGACAAGAUUCUUACGGUUGAUUAUUUCCUUUUUUGUAAGAAAAAGUCGUGUAUUAAUUUCGAUGUACAGAGCAGCUGUGUGAUAGAAAGCUAAUUUGUAGGCAGGCCGAGUAGAAGGGAGUGCGGAAAUUGGAAUUUUUUUUUGUCUCUGAAGGAUUUUGCUAAUGGAUUCUUUUGUUCUUUUGAUUUGACUUUUGAGCAAUUCAGUCUGUUUGUUUGUUUGUUUGUUUUGUUUUUGCUUUUACAAAUACAAGCAAUAGGCGGUAGGCCCAUCACUUGGCCGGGUCAGAAAGCCCACUCCAACACAUCGCAAGUCCAACUCAGAAAGCGCCAACAAGAGACCGAAACCCUACUCAUGUAUUGAUAUUUUAUACCGACUACCGAGCAGUCUCUCCCAACAAAUCUCCGGGCACCUAAUCUGACGGGAUUCUCGUCGGCGGCGGUAACAGAAGAAGUAGUAGAAAAUGGGUAAAGGAACAGGAAGCUUUGGGAAGCGAAGGAACAAGACCCACACCCUCUGCGUCCGAUGUGGCCGCCGGAGCUUUCACCUCCAGAAGAGCCGCUGCUCCGCUUGCGCUUACCCCGCCAGCCGCCUCAGAAAAUAUAACUGGAGCGAGAAAGCAAUCCGCAGGAAGACCACAGGGACGGGCAGGAUGAGGUAUCUCCGCAAUGUGCCUCGACGCUUCAAGACCAAUUUCAGAGAAGGUACGCAAGCAGCACCAAGGUCCAAAGGAACAGCUGCAGCCUCCUCCUAAAACGCCCCCCCAUGUCUUUCUCUGUUCAUUCUGCAGUUUUUUUGUUUGUCUGAAUGACUGCUCUUUCAUGAACUGCCAAAGUUUUGGGAUUAUAGUCCAUGUUCGAUACUAAUGGAUGAUCAUAUGAAAUCAUGUCACUUUUACUUUCACACUAGUCUUCAUUGCCCGCGCUCCGCGCUGGGACUUGUGUUAAAUUUACAGAACUCUAUAAUUAGUCCAUAAUCAUAUCAAAAUUCUUAGGUCUUGAAUUUCAUCCCAAUUUGAUCAAAUAUUGACAUACCAUACGUAUAACAUUAAUAUUGUACGAAAUCAUUCAUGGGUAUACAUUAUUUCGAUUUUAAUGCUUAAUUAACAUUAACCAAUCUCUAAAAGUAAAGAGUCUGAAUCCACAAUUGAACCCUCCCCUCUCUACUUCCAAACGUGCAAUGUGCUUCCUUACGCUGUGCAUCACUCAAACAAAAUGGAGGGUAAAUAAGCUUUGGCGAAUUGACAAUUGCCAGAGGGGGUACUGCGAUGAAGCAAUUAACAUGUUCCAAAUCAAGUCAACCAAUGUGCUCCAAGAUCCAGAAGCUAUGGCACCUCAAAACUCAAAUGAGCCACUUAUAUCAUGGAAAAUAUUAUAACUCACACACACACACAAAAUAUAACAGCAUGUAUGUACACAGUCACAAAGAUGAGCGACCAAAGAGAUCAACAGAACAUAUGUAACAACAUAUGAUCCAUUGAUGCCCCGACAUGUCCUCUGAUACUAAUGUAGAAAAACAAAACAAUAUACAUGUAAUAAAGAUCAUGCAUCCCUACCCAAAAACAAAAUGAUACAUUCAACUUCAACUGUCACGUGAAUAGAAUUUAAAAACUUAAAAAUUUAAAGAGAUUGAGUUUAGUAACCCAUUAAAUCUGCAGAUAAAAUACACAUUAGCAGCCUGAAGUAGAAUGCAGGAGAGUAACAGAUCUAGAGUUCUAGAAAGCGUAAAAGCAAAAAUUGCAGACUAAAACACGACCAACAAAGAACCCAAAUAUCAUGACUGAAUUUGCCAAAAACAAAUUUCAGGGAAGAGAGCGAAUGACUGAAACCUCUUUGUGAAUCGAGCGGGUCUCCAAAACUCGUGUUAUGAAAUUGAGACGCGGAAAAAGAGAUUUCAAAUAAGGAAAGCAAGAAUCUAAGAAAGAUUCAGGUGAAUCAAAGAGGCGGGAAUUGAUUCAGGUUGCAUUGAUUGAAAGAUGUAGCCUCAGGGUCUGCUUACCCUCCUCAAUCACUCCGUAGUUCAAGGCGAUUGUCGACUCCAAAACACAGGAUCACCAACAAACAAAAACAAUGGAUCAGAAAAGAGAAACCUGGUAUACAUAACAGGGGCAGAGUGGGGUGGAGGAUAUAAUAAAUAAGUGGAACUAUCAGAGAGAGUGAGAAAUACCUUCAUCAAUGUUUCUGGUCAUUCUCCGCCAAAGACAAAGUUACGGUGAUUAUCUGCGGACCCUCAAUCAGCCCGACAGAUCUGCAUAUUGAAGGGGAAAGAGAAGAGAAUCACAAUCCAAGGUGAAACAAAUGAAUAAAAAAUGAGAUUGGGG